GCAUACUUGAAAGUGCACUUUCUGGAUAAAGAGUCCAACAAAUUUGCCCCAAAAUUAUUCCUCUAACCCCUUUGUAUAAAAGUAGUUGACCAGUUGUUGAUUUUUGUAGUUAGUUGAUCAUGAAUAACAAUUAGUCAUGAUGCCUGCUCAGCUCUUGUUUGUUUUCUCUUUCGUAAUAGAUAAUAAUAAGUUAAUUAAUUACGUAUAUAUCUCUGUUACAACGAAUGAAAAACCAUAGUAUUAGCGAGAGUGACACUGUGACAGUAAACAUAUCCCCUAUAAUUACUUUGUAAAAAAACUAAAGAAAAGCUAAAACUUAACAUAUUAAACCGUCCAAAAAGAUUAUUUAUCUUAUUACAGACGCAAAAUUGCAUGAUUGAAUACAAUAAACCAAUAAUUGUAACGUGAGUGGGUCCCACUGGGUAUCAAAAAUUAGGUUAAAGCUGUCUUCUUCUUCUUCUUCUUCUUCCUCCUCUUAUCUCUUGCAACUUUUUCCCCCUUUCCAGUACAACCACUGCCCCUCCGCCGCCACCGCCCUCGCCGCCCAUACCCCACUAAACAACUUUCUUCCUCCCCUUUCACAUCGCCCGAGGUCGGAUCCCGCCGUCGUUCCGUAACCGAAUCGCAUGUGGCUUCGGCAUUCGGGACUCAUUUCUCGCGGCGGUGUUUGAGCCUUGUCGUCGUCGAUGGCCGGCCGCGAGCUUGAUUCGUCGGAUUGCGGGAAAUUGAGCAUGGAGGAGAAGAGGGAGCUCGUUUACCAGCUCUGGGAUCAGCCAGACGCAGCGGAGCUGCUCCAGGCGUGGAGCCGGCAUGACAUUCUCCAGAUCCUGUGCUCGGAGAUGGGAAAAGAGAGGAAAUACACGGGCCUUACCAAGUUGAAGAUCAUCGAACAGCUGUUGAAGAUCGUCUCCGACAAGAAAUCGUCCUUCAGCGCCGGUUACGACAAGCCGGGGUCGUCGUCUCCGGUGGAGCAAAAAUGCUCCAACAAGCGGCAAAGGAAGAUGGAUGUACCACCGUCUCGACUGCUCCCCGUCACUCCAACCAGCGGCGGUGGCGGAGACGCCCCCAAUCAGGCGAAUACGGUCUACUGCAAGAACUCUGCCUGUAAAGCCACGAUGAAACAGGGCGAUACGUUCUGCAAGAGGUGCUCGUGCUGCAUAUGCCACAAGUACGAUGACAACAAGGACCCGAGCUUGUGGAUGAUUUGCAGCACCGAUCCGCCUUUCCAAGGCCCUGCUUGCGGCAUGUCUUGCCAUCUUGACUGUGCGCUGAAACACGAGAGCGCGGGGAUUGGAGGGAAAGAUGAGGAAGGAGGAGGAGGACGGCGCGGGAAACUUGAUGGUAGCUUUCGUUGCGCGGGCUGUGGGAAAAUUAACGAUUUGCUCGUGUUCCUGAGAAAGCAACUGAUUGUAGCAAAGGAAACCAGGCGAGUGGACAUCCUUUGCUACCGACUUUCUGUAAGCCAGAAACUUCUGAAUGGGACGGUCAAGUAUCAAGAGCUACUUGAGAUCGUCGAUGAAGCCAUCAAACAGCUUGAAAGUGAAGUGGGUCCCAUUACAGGUCUGCCUGUCAAGAUGGGCAGAGGCAUCGUCAACAGACUUUCUGUUGGGUCAUCCGUGCAGAAGCAAUGUGCUUCUGUUCUCGAGUUGCUGGACAACUUCCUCUCAAGCUUCGUCUCUCCUCCUUUGCAGGACCCUGCAGCCCAAGCUGCAGCUGCAGGUUCAAGUUCAAUGUCUUCUCCAAUCACAGUCCAAUUUGAAGAUGCAACCUCAACAUCAAUCACUCUUGUUUUGAGCUCAGAAUAUUCUCCUAAUGAACCCAUUGUAGGUUAUACACUGUGGCACCGCAAAGCCUUGGCGGCAAAUUACCCGGCGGAACCGACCUGCAGACUUUCCGUUCCAAACACAACGUAUAUCCUCGCUGAUCUUGACCCGGCUACGGAAUACUGGUUCAAAGUCACUUCCUUCAGCAACAGGGAAGAACACCUCGGUACAUCAGAGGUUCAUUUCUCAACAUGUGGCGCUGAAGAUGAAGAAGCAGAGGAGAUCUCUCCAUCAGGAGGGGAAAGAAGCCAGAGCCCUGUAGUCACCAAUUGUAGCAGCCUUUCCGAUCCAUCGUCUGACCUCGGGAAGCUGGAUGCGGAUCAUUCAACCGAGGAGUGUCAAAUAGACACCGCUGUCCCUACUGAUACGGAUGUUGCUAGCUUACCGAUCACUCCUUGCAAGCUGGAAAUGGCCAAGGACAUUGUGGGAAGAAAAAAUCCAAGAUCGAAAGAUGCAGCUGGCGAGUCCCAAGAUGGGACCCACUUCCCCUUCCAGCUGGACGAGCGGUCGAACGGGAACCCGGAGAAGGAGUUUGAGUACUGCGUGAAGGUGAUAAGAUGGUUAGAGUGCGAAGGGCACAUCGAAAAGAACUUCCGCCAGAAGUUCCUGACUUGGUACAGCUUGAGAGCGAGUGCCGAAGAGAUGAGGGUUGUGAAGGCGUUUGUGGACACAUUGAUCGAGGACCCAUCGGCUCUUGCAGAGCAGCUAGUUGAUACGUUUUCGGAGUGCGUUUCUAGCAAGAGAUUGUCUGUUGUGCCGGCUGGGUUUUGCAUGAAGCUUUGGCAUUGACGAUCCUGGACAAAAGUCAAACCAUUCACAGUCUGUUCAUCAGUAGUUCGAAAGCUUUGGACUAGGGAUUAUUUUUCGUUUGCUUUAUAUCUGUUUCGUUGUGAUUGCUUUGGUUCGGUACCCUUUUUUUGGUUGUAUGGCAACUCACCAUUGAGUUGUGAUUUGUAUUGGAGAUGCAGUAAAUUUCUCCUUCUCAUGAUGUAAGGAUGAUAGGAAGCAUAUGGUUGUAUGUAUAUAAUCAAAGUAAUUCAGUCAAUGCCAAAACUUCAUGCAAAACCCACUCAAUUUGUGAAGAUUUGAGGUCUUGGUGUUUUUAUAGCCUUCAUAUUUAGGUUUGUUUCGUGUCAAUUCAUGUGCAUAAUCGUUAGAAUAGUGUUAACUGCAUCCCUAUUUUUGUUCCUAUUUGACUAUGAUGUGAUUAUUGAGUGAUUUAAACAAUACGUGAAUUAGGUACGAAAAGGGUCACAAGUGUAGCAAACUGGGCAGGAAGCUAAUGUUUACGACCCGGAGAAGGAGAUCACGGUGAAGAAAGCAGAUUGCGAAAUCAAGGUGAAGAUUGUCAAAUUUGCCAAACCCACAAGUAAAUGAACGAGACGAACGAUUUAACGUGGUAUCCCCGACGAGUCGGGACUAAUCCACGGGAGAGUUUAGAACCUCUCUGGCUACUGCUCUUAUUAGCUUGUUAUUUUGUUACUCGACAUAAGCCAAUUACAACACAUAUAUAUAUCCCUUUCUCUAGCACCUAGGGUUACAUUAGUUGUGUCCUUGUCCAACAAGUAAGUGGUGUACUGGACUGCAUGUGCUGCCGUGGGCUGUAUGGGCAGAGAGGUGGUCUCUGGCUCACGAGCUGGAUCCUUGUCCAAUACUCCCCUGCAAGUUGGAGCGUGAAGAUUACGAACCUGCAGCUUGGAGAGUAGGAAACGGAAGCGAUCGACACCUAAACCUUUAGUGAAGAUGUCCACGAGAUGGUGUUGUGUACUAUUUUUGAUGGGCAAGAUGACGCCAGACUGGACUCGUUCGCGUACAAAGUAACAAUCUAUCUCCACAUGCUUGGUACGCUCAUGAAAAACAGGAUUAACUGCAAUGUGAAGGGCGGCCUGGUUAUCACAGUAGAGGGGUGUAGCACGAGACUGCGUGGCACCCAGUUCGACAAGCAACCAGCGUAGCCAAAUGACCUCGCUAACCGUGCUAGCCAUAGCACGGUAUUUGGCUUCAACAGAAGAGCGAGCAACAACCUUAUGCUUCUUAGACCGCCAGGAAAUAGGAGCUCCACCCAGAGUAAUGAAAUAGUCAGUCGUCGAGCGACGAGUAUGCUCGCAACCAACCCAAUCUGCAUCACAAUAAGCCGCGAGAUGCAGAUCGUUAGUGCGAGGAAAGAACAGACCUUAACUAGGAGAGGACUUGAGAUAGCGAAGUAAGCGGAGAGCAGCGUCCAUGUGUGAAUAGCUGGGAGCAAUGACAAACUGGCUCAAGACGUUGACACCAUAAGUUAUGUAGGGUCUGGUGACGGUGAGGUACAACAGGCGUCCCACCAAACGUCAAUAGGAAGAUGGAUCAGGAAGUAGAUCAUCAUCGGAGGCAUGACGAGUCAGAUGAUGGUUUUGUUCAACCGGGAAACCACUAGGUCGUGCACCCUCCACACUAGCAUCUUCGAGGAUGUCUAAAGUAUACUUUCGUUGACAGAGCACAAUGCCAUCCCGUGUGCGCGCCAACUCCAUCCCAAGGAAAUAACGAAGAUCGCCCAGGUCUUUGAUACUGAACUGGUUAUCCAAGAAGUGCUUGACCUUCUUGAUGAAUUCCAAGUCAUUACCAGUGAGGAGAACGUCGUCGAAGUAGAUAAGUGUGACCACAAAAGUGCUCUCCUACCGGUAAAUAAACAAUGAGUGGUCAGCAUGAGAGGAUCGAAAACCGAGAGAGCAUAAAUCAGUAGUAAACUUGUGAUACCAGUUUCGAGAAGCCUGUCGAAGCCCAUAGAUUGAGUUAUGAAGGCGACAAACACAAGUGUCUCCUGGAGCAGCGAAACCAGGGGGAAGCUUCAUGUAGAACCAAACCUUUUGACUCACUUCUACUGUCACCCUAAGAAUUGGCCAAGUGAAACCACUUCCUAAAGCGUAGUAUAGCGGGUUUGGGUUUAAUUAUCAACCCGGGUCCUAGAUUUGAUGACUACUCAGUGAAUUCUUGUUAUCUAGCAAUGAAACUUUAAUGCAAGUCUAAACUAACAAACUAACAAAGCAAGUAAACAGUUGUAUUCAGGUUAAGAGAGGUCACCCGGAUAUGGUUCCCCCUAGACUGCAGUUAAGCCGGAUUGUAAUUACCAAGUUCAGUUUCUAUGAUAGUUAUACUGCGGAAGGUUCUUAAACAGCCUGAAGUCUCGACUAAAGGUCUUCAGACCCUCUCAAUCUGAGUCUCUAGCGGGCGACUAACCUCCACCGGAGUAAACAGAUUGAGGCCCUAUGAACAAAACCUCCACUACCGAAGUAAAUCCGGUACAGAAUAGUGAGUUGGCUCCUCGACUAAAGUCACCAACUCCCUACCUUCAAUCAAGGAUGCUCUAUCAACCUAGGCAGAUAUUCUCAUUCUAGGUUAAAGCAGAAACAACAGGAAUUUGAUCAGGAUUCAAGUCAUUCAAUCAUUCAAACCUCAAUCGAAUAUAAUCAAAUCAUAGAAUCAGU